CUCACGUUGCCCAACUGUGUCAAGCGCACCGGAAUACUAGGCGAUUUAGUUUGGUGACAGCGUCCUAAUUAAACAUUGUUUCAAUAGGACCAGAGAAUCAAAUCACGGGAAAACUUACCGAAGUGGCGACACGCGAGUUCUUGAAAAGUGGUCCGAGCUUGAUGGUGUGAGGCUUCCUGAGGACAAUACAGCGCUUAAGACAGUCCUGCAUUUGCAGCAUUCCGCACGGAUGGAAGGACCUGUUUAGCGUCUCCACAUGGAGCCCAUUCCGACUGCUGAUCAUAUGAAGACCUCUGCUGACCAGUGUGAUUGGAUCCAUUCCCACUGAUGUGUGACCAAAGCCAAGAGAUGCUCGGCGGGGACAGCGGUCCAGAUGGGGAGGAGCCUGCUUUAACAGGAGAAGAGGGUUUGCAGGACAGAGGCGCUCAAUCUGAAUGUGUCCGGGGGGAGGACAGCGGAGGGUCGGGUGGAGACGUGGGGCAGGAAGAUGAGGAGAUGACAAGUGGAUCGCACAACCUCUCCUCAGACAAUCACAGCCCUGGUAGCGCCACAGGAUCCACUUCCACAAAGAGCUGCAGGGGGUUGCCGAACCUUGGUCCAGACAAUGACAAGACAACAUAUAGUGUGAAUGCAGAUGGCGGCAAAGGUCACACCCACAAACAGGUGAUGAACACAGUGGCUGAGAUGAAGAAAAGGCUUCCAUCCGACAAACGCAGCCGCAGCAAAGCGAGCACUGUAGAAGCCUUACAUUAUGCCCUCAAGUGUGUCAAGCAGGUGCAAGCCAACAGUGAGUAUUACAAACUGCUGAUGCGAAAUGGCCAGAAUGAGAGGAGAGAUGCCACCGUUUGCACUCCUGAAGAGUUGGAGAGAGUGACAUCUGAACACAACCUGAAGAAUACGGACUCCUUCGUGGCGGUGUUCUCCCUGUCGAGCGGCCGUGUCCUGCACGUGUCCGAGCAGGCGCCCAGCAUCCUGUGCUGCAAAAGGAAGUUUCUGGAGUCGGCCAAGUUUGUGGAGCUCCUCUUCCACCAAGAUGUGAACGUUUUCUACUCGCACACAGCACAGCCGCAUCUACCGCCCUGGACAAACUCGCAUACAGCGGGGGUUCUAUUUGACAGUGCCCAAGUCAAAUCUUUCUUCUGCAGAAUCAGGGGUGGGAAGGACCAUCAGGGUGAGAUGCGCUACAACCCUUUUCGAAUCACACCCUACCUGCUGAAAGUGCACGGAACUGGAAGCAGCGGGAAGGGGGAAGAGCCAUGCUGCUUGGCCCUGGCUGAACGCAUCAUUUCAGGAUAUGAGGCACCUCGAAUCCCCAUGGACAAGCGCAUCUUCACGACCACUCACUCACCUGGCUGUGUAUUCCUCGAAGUGGACGACAGGGCCGUGCCACUGCUAGGAUACCUCCCUCAAGAUCUAAUUGGCACGUCGUUGCUCACUUGCAUUCACCCAGAGGACUGUCCACUAAUGCUAUCAAUGCACCGAAAGGUGUUAAAGUACGCAGGUCAGUCACCGUUUGAACACUCGCCGGUGCGUAUGCGCUGCCAGAAUGGUGACUACAUCACGUUGGACACCAGCUGGUCCAGCUUCAUCAACCCUUGGAGCCGCAAAGUGGCCUUCAUCAUCGGACGGCACAAAGUCAGAACGAGUCCACUAAAUGAGGAUGUGUUUGCUGCUCAAAUUAAAGGAGAUGUACCUGUCACACAUGAAGCAAUUAAAGGUUUACAGGCCAAGAUCUAUAAGCUCUUCUUGCAGCCUGUCCAUAACAACGGUUCCAGCGGUUACGGCAGUCUGGGAAGUAACGGUUCUCACGAGCAUUACAUCAGCGUAGCUUCUUCCAGCGACAGCAAUGGGAACUUGUGGGAGGACACGCACCGAGAACCUAUGACUCUUCAGCAAAUCUGUGCUGACGUGAACCGAGCCAAGAAUUGGGGGAAGCAGGCAUAUUUUGAUUCCAAGAAAAAAGUUGGACAUGGUAAACCAGCGGCAGCACACUUGCCUCCAGUUUUCUCCAACCCUGAAGUUAGAGAUCCUGAUGAAAGCAGAAAGCAAACACACAUUCCCUCCUACCAACAAAUCAACUGUGUAGACAACAUUAUUAGAUAUUUGGACGGUUGUACAGGCCCAGCCCUUAAGCGGAAAAGUGAAUCUCGUUCCCUUGGCACCUCUUCUUCUUCAUCCUCUACCUCAGAGGAUGACAAGCCUGCUGGAACCAAUGACACAACUCAAGCUACUUCUGAUGUAGUAGUGCUAGACAGCGGGGUGUCUGUGGGCCCAAGCACAGCAGCGGUGGUCGGAGCUCCUCUGACGGACAUCACCAUGUCUACUAAGGCAAUGAGUGUGGUGUCUGUCACCAGUCAGUGCUCAUACAGCAGCACAAUUGUCCAUGUGCCUCAGCCUGAAUCAGAGCUUACAGCACUGGAGGAUGUACCAAUGGGAAGCGAGCCUACUGAUCAUGCUCCAACCCCGGUCCGCCCAGCACCGAGCCCUGCUGCUGAGGAACCAAGGUUUGUUGGUCUCACCAAAGAGGUGCUGUCGGCUCACACACAGAAGGAGGAGCAGGAGUAUGUGGACCGAUUCCGCAAUCGAAUCCUGCAGAGCCCCUACAGUUCUUACCUGCAGAUGGACAACAGUUCAAUGGCUCCCUCCCAUCACAGAGGUGAAUACCCACGUCCAGUAAGUGGUGGGUUGAACCGCUCUCAAAGAGGAAAGCCCCGACCUAAGCGACCCAAACCCCAAGGCUCCUCAGACAGCUAUGCUUCCCCAACUGGACCUCAUCGUCGUGUCCCAGAGUCCUCCUGGCCCUCCUCAGAAUCCUCCCAGCCCCAAAUGGCAGCACCUUACAGUCAAGCAUCCCCUGUCCAGGCACCGUUCUUUCCCAUGAUGGCGACCCAGCCGGCCCCAGCACAACCCCCAAGACCACAACAACUGCCCGGACCCUCUCCUACGGCGAUGCAGCCCCCUGACCAGACCCAGUUCAGCUACAACUUCAGCUUCAUGCAGCAAACCCAGAACAUGCCAGGCAUGCAACCUAUACAGAUGGAAUCCAUCCAGAAUCUACAGAAUAUUUCUAAUUUUCCCUGCAUGCAGCCAAUGGCUCCAGUGCAGUGUAUCAACCCCUUCAUGACACCUGUCAUGGCUGUCAUCCUUCCCAACCACCCAUCUUUCACUUCAGGUUAUCCUUCUAUUUACCCACCCUCCACUGUCUCUAUGCUGCAUCAGGCACCCAUCACCAUGGCAGGGUUCGCCCCUACUGCCCCCUUCCCACAACCUCAGUUCCAGGCGCAGCCUGUCCUUCAACCCCAGACCUUCGCUGGCCCCCUGCUGGGCUCGCCCAGACCCUGCUCUACUGGCGGAGAGGACGAGGAAGCUGCCGGCCCACGCGCUCUAUUCUCCAGCUCUCGCUCGAGUUCUCCUCUUCAGCUCAACUUGCUGCAGGAGGAGCUUCCCAAACUGAGUGGAGGGCAGAGCAACCAUGCUGAAAGCCUUCUUGAGCAGCGUGACAACAAGUGUGACGUCCCGAGUGACUCUGGGAACAAUGACGCUCAGUCUACAUCCAGUGAGCUGCUUGACCUGCUGCUGCAAGAAGAUGCACAGUCAGGGACUGGCUCUAACGCCUCCGGGUCUGGGUCAGGGGAGUCUGGAGGCUCACUGGGAUCAGGCUCCGGAUCUGGCUCCAAUGGCACCUCUACCUCACACACUGGCAGCAGCAACAGCAGCAAAUACUUUGCCAGCAACGAUUCGUCAGACACUUCACGCAAAGCCAAGAAAAGCCAGGAAGCGCCGGUGGAGCUCCAAUGCAGCUUUGACAAUCAGGUGGAAAACUCGAUAUGGAGCAUGAUCCAGCACACGUCGGAAGGUGUCAAGAUGACCUACCAGAUCCACACAAGGGACCAGAAUGAGGUGUUGGCUGAGGACAGAGAGAAGCUGCGGGUAUUUCAGCCUCUCCAGCCUUGGUUUAGCCAGGAGCAGCAAAAGGAGCUAGCUGACGUCCAUCCCUGGAUCCAGCAGCACACAAUCCCACAAGCGAUCGACACACAGGGUUGUAUGAACUGCCACACUGGUGCAGGGGUGGCCCACUCCCCUCCACCCCCAGACCCCGAUAGCUCGUCCCCUCUGGAGAUCCUGGAGCCGGACUCCCUUGUGGACACUUGAGAAAGCUGCGGCCCCCAAACAACCAUCAACGUCAACAACUCUUAACACGCAUCUUGUCUGAUCAGGCCGGAGGACUACGUCUCUGUGCUUUAAUUGAACUUGAUUUGUAAAGAUAUCCAGGGCUGGAUAAACCCUGAGGGGAGGGAGCAAGUGCGAAAGGCAUUUAAUUUGACUAGUUUUCACUCCCAAAGUGACCCAAACUGACCGCUUUCAUCGGACCAUGACUAUAACACCUCUCCGUGUUUUCUCUUUUUAAGCGCAGGUUUAUCCUCUGGCGUCACUCCAUGCAUAUUGCAGGAGGACCCCAUGGUCACCACCCCCUGGAUCAUGAACACUGGGCACACAAGUGACCGGACAAAAGGCCCGAUUCAAAGCAUCAGAACACACAAUGGAGUACAGGUUGGACCACUUCAUCAUGAGGGGUUUUUUUUUGGAAACGGGUCUCACUGAUCAUGGCAUGGACACCAUCUUGGAUGGAGACAUUGGUGGCCCAGUUCGUGUAUCCAAUCACAAACAUUCAUGGACCCGGAGUUUGUACAGUACAUGUACCACAAGAAUUAUUUUUCAGUAACUCAAAGACACACGUGCUGAUUUCUGUUAAUAAUGCUCUUCAUCUUUUUGGUUCAAUUGCUGCUGGAGUUUCAUCUCUGGUGUUCACAGGUUGAUUGUCUCUGGUCGAGUACCUUGUCGUCAUGUCUUUUGGACUCACAAAAACGUGGAUCAUUUAAAGGAGGUGUAAUCUCUCUCGAAUUCCGCCUCAUCCUGGUUCUUCUACUCACUCACACAUGAAGUUUCUUCUCUGGUGAUGAAUGGGCUGGUCCAAAUGUUGUGCUGUUAGCGAAGGCGGUUGGUGCGAGCUAACGCAGGACUGCUGCUUUCCUUUCAUGCGGUAGACAUGGUUUUUCAUAUAUACAGUACAGGCCAAAAGUUUGGACACACCUUCUCAUUUCAAUGUGUUUUCUUUAUUUUCAUGACUAUUUACAUUGUGGAUGGUCACUGAUUGCAUCAAAACUAUGACACCUGCAAAGUGAAAACCAUUUCAGACUACCUCUUGAAGCUCAUCAAGAGAAUACCAAGAGUGUGCAAAACAGUAAUCAGAGCAAAGGGUGGCUAUUUUGAAGAAACUAGAACAUAAAACAUGUUUUACAUAACUCCACAUGUGUUCAUUCAUAGUUUUGAUGCCUUCAAUGUAAAUAGUCAUGAAAAUAAAGAAAACUCAUUGAAUAAGAAAUUGUCUAAACUUUAGGCCUGUGUGUGUGUGUGUGUGUAUGUAUAUAUAUAUAUAUAUAUAUAUAUAUAUAUAUAUAUAUAUAUAGGGCUGUCAACGUUAACACGCGAUUAAUAAAUUGAUCAUUUGUGACGAUAAAUGUGCAAUGCGCCCUUUCAAACACACUCCGACAGAACUUUAGAUAAAAACUGAAGUAAUUAGUUAGUAUUACAGCGACAAACUAUCUUAUCAUAGGCGCACAUCAAGUUUAAAGUCGCAUCUUAAAGCAAAACAUGAACGUGAGGAAGGCGCUGCUUAUCAAUCUAUAAAUGGACGUGUUCUGUCCCGUACUAUCGUGUAAAUCAAAACAGUCUUUGAAAGGGCAAUGGAAUUAUUGCAUGACAGUACUCUUUAUUUUGCAUAUUACGGUAAAGCGGCAGCCCUUAGCUGCUCCUGCAAUGAGCUGACAACAUCCUCACACGUGACCAUUACAACACAGCAUUUGUCUCAUCUCAUUGAAUAAGGCACUAAGAUACCGGAAAACAAACAAACCGGACAAGAACACGCAAGCAGGCUGUCAGGGAUGACGCCGAGACCGAUGCUACGCAUACGAGCCGCAACCUGAGCUUUCUCCUCCGAGGAAAACAAAAAGGCUGCAGAAAUUCAAAUUCGAUUGGGAAAAGGAAAAUAAGUGGCUGGAAAAGGUGAACAAUUAUGUCGACAAAGCACACCGCGUGGUGUGGAGAUGUUCUCGUUCAUCCAGGUCAUUGUCAUCUCAGGGCAAUCGAUCGCAACUGGACUGUUUGGUUUGUCUUAGCAGACGUCUCGCCUCUCACCCGAGUAGACUUCACGAGUUCAUACUCAAAGACUCAGAUUGGUCCGAUUUAGUCAAGCGGCUGGUGCCAAAACCCCAAAUAUUUAUACUCCAAAACCAGGAGGGUGUGCCUGGACAAGGAUGGUUUCGCUCUAUGGGUGGGAGAAAAACAACUGUUUUGAUGCAAUCCUAACUGUCAAAGCCAACUACAGUCGUUGAAGUGUAAUUUCCCCUUGUUAGCAGUGAGGUAUUGUGUGGCAGAACGAUCGCUGUGGAUCGACUACUACCAGUCCAAAAUAGUCGGAACCACGUAAGCAUUCCAGUCAGUUGUAAACAAUGAGGUGACCAGAAUAUGUUUCUAACUCCUGUUACUUGUAGGAAGCUAAAUUGCAAAGUCUUUUAGGAAUGGUUGAAAGGACAGUGUUGUAUGUGGGAGACAGGUGGUGUUGCAGACCACCUCCUCCUUUCAGGGAUGGUUUUUCAACCUUGGUUUGCCGCUGUGUUUUUGUUUUGUUUUGCCUGAUGGUGGAUUGUGUGACAUUGAACAGCAUACUAGUAGUGGUUAAAAAUAAUAACGACAAAAACAAUGGAAACCUUGACCCGUUUGUUGUCUGCCAGGCAACACCAACAACCAAUCGGAAGUCAAGAAGCAAAUACUUUUAUUUAAGAAAUAUAUUUAUUUUGAUAUUUUUGAAAAUUUCCAUUAAACUUUAUUUGUUGAGCAA